CCUCCCAGCCUCCCUCUGUCCUAGGACCCAGGUAGGGACAAUGUCCCCUGCCAUUGCACUGGCAUUCCUGCCACUUGUGGUGACGCUGCUGGUGAGAUACCGGCAUCAUUUCCGACUGCUGGUGCGUACAGUCCUGCUAAGAAGCUUCAGGGACUGCCUGUCAGGACUUCGAAUUGAGGAGCGGGCCUUCAGCUACGUGCUCACCCAUGCCCUGCCUGGAGACCCUGGUCACAUCCUCACCACUCUAGACCACUGGAGCAGCUGCUGCGAGUACCUGAGCCACAUGGGCCCUGUUAAAGGUCAGAUUCUGAUGCGGCUGGUAGAAGAGAAGGCCCCUGCUUGUGUGCUGGAGCUGGGCACCUACUGCGGAUAUUCUACACUGCUCAUUGCACGCGCUUUGCCCCCUGGGAGUCGCCUUCUCACUGUGGAGCGCGACCCUCGUACAGCAGCAGUGGCUGAAAAACUCAUCCGGCUGGCUGGCUUCGAUGAGCAAAUGGUGGAACUCAUUGCAGGAAGCUCAGAGGAAGUGAUCCCACGUCUAAGAGCUCAGCACCAGCUGAAUCGGGCAGAUCUGGUGCUCCUGGCACACCGACCUCGAUAUUACUUAAGGGAUCUGCAGCUACUGGAGGCCCAUGCUCUGCUUCCAAAUGGUGCCACAGUAUUGGCUGACCAUGUGCUUUUUCCUGGUGCACCCCGCUUCCUACAGUACACCAAGAGCUGCGGCCGCUAUCGCUGUCGCCUCCACCACACCAGCCUCCCAGACUUCCCUGCCAUCAAGGAUGGCAUAGCCCAACUCACCUAUGCUGGACCUGGCUGAGAUCCAGGACCUGGGAUAUUGACUGAUACAAUCCCAACCCCAUUCAAGCAAGGACCUCAGAAUAUCCCCUUUCCCUUUUGGUUUAGUGUCCAGCAUAUGCUAGGUUCAGGCUGGGGAGGCUUCUCAACUUUGCUCAACCCCAGCCUCCAUACCGAUCCAAAGCAUCAAAGUCUCAGUCUCCUUGGUCUCACAAGGUCCUCUCCUAGAAAACCAGAGACUGGAAGCAAGAGGCUGAGCCUUCAACCUAGUUCUGUUAUUGAUUGCUCCCUCCAGGUGAGUCCUUCCCUCUUCUGAGAUUCAGUCUAUUCUCUUAACACUAAGGGGCUGGAAAGAUGGCUCAACAGUUAAGAGAAUUGGCUGUUGCUCUCUAACUAGAGAACUUAGGUUCAAUUCCCAACACUCACAUGACACAGGCACACAUGUGAUAUACAUACAUACAUACAGACAAAAAUCUCUAAGCAGAAAAUAAAUAAAUGACAACAAAAAGAA